AGAGAGAGAGAGAGAGAGGGGGAGAAAUGAGACCCGGAGAAUAGUGGAAAAGGUAACUAAACAAGGAAAGGAAAGGGGAGGGAAGGGCGAGCGGCCACCGGAGUUGACCAAUUCGACGGACACCCGGCCGACGACACCGCACCCACCACCAUCCAUUCUCCAUUCUCCUCCUCCUUCUUCUUCCCCAAUUCCAAUUUCCAAAUCGAAUUCGCCGUAGCUAAUUGAUUGAAUCCCCCAAUCCAAUCCAAUCUCAAGAGCAAGAGAAGAGAUGGAGUGCGAGGCGGAGGAGCUGCAGUUCCUGGGCAUGGUGGGGAUCUACAGGGAGGCGGCGGCCAUCCUGCGCGCGCACCGCCCGCUCUUCGCCCGCAUCGCCGCCGCCUUCGUCCUCCCGCUCUCCCUCCUCUUCCUCGCCCACAUCGCCAUCUCCCACGCCCUCUUCUCCCACAUCGACUCCGACGACUCCGCCCUCGACUCCGCCGCCCCCGGCACCCCCGCCCAGCGCCGCCUCCUCCACCGCCUCGCCGACGACUGGCUCGCCCUCCUCCUCUUCAAGGCCGCCUACCUCCUCGCCCUCCUCCUCCUCUCCCUCCUCUCCACCGCCGCCGCCGUCUUCUCCGUCGCCUCCGUCUACUCCGCCAAGCACGACGCCCUCUCCUUCCCGCGCGUCCUCUCCGUCGUCCCCCGCGUCUGGCGCCGCCUCGCCGCCACCUUCCUCGCCGCCUUCCUCCUCCUCUUCGCCUACCACCUCCUCUUCCUCGCCAUCUUCGUCGCCCUCCUCGUCGCCGCAGACUCCGGAUCCGGCCUCGCCGCGCUGCUCGCCUUCCUCCUCGCCCUCGCCUACCUCGCGGGCCUCGUCUACCUCAGCGUCGUCUGGCACCUCGCCAGCGUCGUCUCCGUCCUCGAGGACUACAAGGGGUUCCACGCCAUGCGCAGGAGCAAGGAGCUCAUCCAGGGCAAGCUCUGGACCGCCUCCGCCAUCUUCUUCCUGCUCAACCUCGUCUUCGUCGUCGUCGAGGUCGCCUUCCGCGCCUGGGUCGUGCGGGGUGCCACCCACGGCAUCGGCGCCGGCGCAAGGCUCCUCCUGGGCAUCGCCAUGCUGGCCGCGCUCUGCGCCGUCGUCAUGCUAGCGCUCGUCGUGCAGACGGUGGUCUACCUGGUGUGUAAGAGCUACCACCACGAGAGCAUCGACAAGAGCAACCUCUCCGACCACCUCGAGGUCUACCUCGGCGAGUACGUCCCGCUCAAGGCCAGCGACGUCCAGAUGGAGCAGUUCAACCUCUGAUCUCCUCGACACUCCGCUUUCUCCCCAUCCGACCCUCGCUGUGAGUUGCCCUGUAACUGUAAUCAUCAUCAUAUUUUUACUCUCUUCAACACAGAUACUCAUACAACAGACAGGCUUGUCUGGGACGGUUAAUAUUGGUUGGGACUUAAUUGGGACAAUAAUCAUCAACUGUACCUGUACCAGUAGCCAGUAGGGAUAUGUAUUAAAUUUUCGGUUUUGAUUGAAUUCCACAAAAAUCAACAACACAGUAUACUUGUAAGCUUGUAGCUUAAGGUUAGGCAUGCUCAUUCAGCUUCUUAGCUAUGCAAACAUGAUUAUGCAUUUACGCUAAGCUAUAUAUCAGCAAUUGCAUCGAUGUUGUGUUAUACCGAAUUUUUGGAGCUGUAGGGUGUAAAUGAUACUCGAUCAUCAUCUGCUAUAGUAGAUAUUUCCCUACACUCAUGUACUAGUAUAUUAUCCUCUGGAUAUGCUACAGUCAAUGUGCCAAUACUAAACCGUGGAGUAACAAAGAUUAAGCCGCCUUUACCCAUACUCUAGUGUGAGUUGAGUGCCUCACCUCAUGAUCUGCCCUAACUGGGGUGAUAGUUGUCUUUAACUUGUGCUGAGAAGAUCUGUAAUGCACUUAUUUUAGUGUAAUAUUGGGAUUUUUUCUCAUCAAUUUACUCCUGGUUUUAGAA